GUUGUCUUACAUGUUGUGGCCUUUAACGUUUAACACUUCCACAAACAGUUCCCAUCUUAUUCCACAUUCACUCAAAUGGAAAACAAAGUGUGCUUGAUCUGGUUCUUAUAUUUCUUCACUUAUAUGACCAAUUUUCCUGCAGUGGACAUGUUUGAUCUGAAGGUUGAUGCUGUACUCAAACGACAAAAUGGGAAACAUAAGCUGUUUGUUUUCGGAGACUCGUACGUAGAUACAGGGAAUUGGCCAAAAUCAAUGUCUACUUCUUGGAAAGAACCUUAUGGCCUCACUUACCCUGCUUCUCCUUCCGGCAGAUUUUCCGACGGCCUCAUUCUCACUGAUUUUAUUGCUUCAUUCCUUGGCAUAAGAUCACCUUUACCUUAUACUAAGAAGGGAUCUGAUGGGAAAUCAUCAGUAAAAGAUGGAGUGAAUUUUGCAUAUGGAGGCACAGGUGUAUUCAACACAUUUGUUAACCAACCAAAUAUGACCACACAAAUAAAUCAUUUUCAGCAGCUAAUUCAAGAAGAAGAGGUGUAUACAAAAGAGGAAAUGAGUUCCUCCAUUGCUCUUGUGUCUGUGGCAGGCAAUGAUUAUGCUACUUUCUUGACCAAAAAUGGCAACAAUAUGGAAGACUUGGGCGAUAUAACUAAAUCAAUAAUAAGUCAGCUAGAAUUAAACCUUAGACGCAUACAUGGAUUAGGAGUUUCUAAAAUUGGCAUCACAGCAAUGGAACCCAUAGGAUGUUUGCCGAGAAUGACUGUUGCUUCUUCUUAUAAGAAUUGCAGUGAUUCUGCAAAUUCUCUCUCAAGAUUUCAUAAUGAAAUUCUGCAUCAAACUAUACAGAAGCUCAAUAAUCAAACUGGUAGACCAAUUUUCGUCAUUCUUGAUCUCUACACUGCAUUCAUGUCUGCCUUAAACCAUCCAGGAAAUUCAAACUUUGAGAAUCCACUGAAACCAUGUUGCAUGGGGACGAGCAGUGAAUAUUCAUGUGGAGACAAGAAGGGAAUGAGGAAAAAUUACGUCUUAUGUCGAAAUCCAGAGGUUUCAUUCUUUUGGGAUGUCAUUCAUCCUUCUCAGCAAGGCUGGUUUGCUGUUUUUUCUGCUCUAAAGACUUCUCUACUUUCCCUGCUGUAAAUCAUAGGCUAGUCUGACAGCGGCAGAGCCAAAAAUUAAAAUUUAUGGGUUCUGAACUUGUCAUAGAACUCAUAGCUCAUUUUAGUUACUAUUGAGUUUGCAAUUAAAUAUUUAUACAUAUUUAACGACUCUUCUUUGUUGCUACUGAA